AUGAACCUGUUCAACCUGUGUGUUUUUGGGAAGCUGGUUGAGGAGACUGAGGGGGCGUUCGGCACAAUUUUCACCUACGUGAUCUGCGCCCUGGGCGCCGCGGGCGUGUCGGUACUGCUGCAGCCGGCCAUCGUGCGCGGCGCCGUGUCUGUCAGCCUGGGGGCGUCAGGUGCCAUUUUUGGGCUGUUCAUGGUGUCUGUGUUGGCGCGCAUAUCGUGGGACCCGCGGCGGCUGCUUGAGGGGCUGAUCCUCGGCUGGUUUGUGGUGCGGCAGGUUCUGUCAGAGGCUCAGGCGCAGGUCGCGGGGGGCCUCACGAUUGGUGGGCUGCAAGUCGGGCAUUUGGCGCAUCUAGGGGGCGCCCUGGCCGGGGUGCUGCUGGUGCUCGCGCUCAAGUCGGUGCCAGACCCUGACGCCGGCGGCAAGGCGUGA